UGUGCGUGGCGGGUGGGAGGAAGAUGGGAAGAGGAGGCGGAAGUGAGGUCUGCUGCCUCCUUCUGGUUGGGUGAGAGUAAGAGGCGGAGGGCACCGCCGCGGCUUGGAGUGGGGGGCGGGAGACUCCCGGCAACCUCACCAGGUUUCAAAGGGAGGCUCCAGUAUCAAGGUGCCAAGUUGGGAUUCAUUUGUGGAUUUGAUGUGAUCAGGCAUAUCAGUUUGUUGCAUGAUGGCAGACACUAAUCCCUCCCCACUGAAACACUUUGUGCUGGCUAAGAAGAAGAUUACUACCAUUUUUGAACAGCUGCUGGAUUAUGUUACUGAAGGAACAAAUUUUGUUGAAGAAACCUACAAAAAUCCAGAACUUGAACAUAUAGCCACUGAAGAUGAAUUGGCAGAAAUACAGGCGUAUAAAGAUAAACUGGCUGUCAUUGGGGAGGUGCUUGCACGACGACACAUGAAAGUAGCAUUUUUUGGCAGAACCAGCAGUGGAAAAAGUUCAGUUAUCAAUGCAAUGUUAUGGGACAAAGUGCUCCCCAGUGGCAUCGGACACACAACCAACUGUUUUCUCAGUGUGGCAGGAACAGAGGGUGAUAAGGCUUACCUCAUGACUGAAGGAUCUGAUGAAAAAAAGAGUGUCAAGACAGUUAAUCAGCUUGCUCAUGCCCUACAUAUGGAUAAAGAUUUAGAAGCUGGCUGUCUGGUCCAUGUGUUUUGGCCAAAGGCCAAGUGUGCUCUCUUGAGAGAUGACUUGGUGUUAAUGGACAGCCCUGGCACUGAUGUCACUACUGAGCUGGACAGCUGGAUUGACAAAUUCUGUUUGGAUGCUGAUGUCUUUGUGUUAGUUGCUAAUUCGGAGUCGACCCUCAUGAAUACCGAAAAACACUUUUUUCACAAAGUAAAUGAAAAACUUUCAAAACCAAACAUCUUCAUCUUGAAUAAUCGUUGGGAUGCUUCUGCAUCGGAGCCUGAAUACAUGGAGGAUGUUCGCAAGCAGCACAUGGAACGUUGCUUGAAGUUCUUGGUAGAUGAGCUCAAAGUCAUCGAUCCUUCUGAAGCCCGGAAUAGAAUCUUCUUUGUAUCGGCCAAAGAAGUUCUCAGUGCUAGGAAACAGAAAGCCCAGGGCAUGCCUGAGGGAGGUGGGGCACUCGCUGAGGGAUUUCAGGCACGGUUCCAGGAAUUCCGGCAUUUUGAGAAAAUGUUUGAGGAGUGUAUCUCGCAGUCAGCUGUGAAAACCAAAUUUGAGCAGCACACUAUCAGAGCUAAACAGAUCCUAGAUACUGUGAAAAGCAUUAUGGACAACAUAAACGUGGCAGCAGCCAACCAAAGAGUCCAUUCGAUGGAAGAGCGAGAAGAUCAGAAGGACAGGUUGGAGUUUGUUCGAAACCAGCUCAAUCUUUUAACGGAUGACACUAAGAAGAAAAUCAAAGACGUUACAGAGGAAGUUGCAAACAAGGUAUCCUCUGCCAUGACGGAUGAAAUCUGUCGACUUUCUGUUUUGGUAGAUGAGUUUUAUUCUGACUUUCACCCAUCUCCCCAAGUUUUGAAGCAAUAUAAAUGUAAACUCAACGAACACAUAGAAGAGGGCCUGGGAAAGAACCUGGCUGACCGUUGCUCCAGUGAAGUCAACAAGUCAAUGGAUCAGUCGCAACAAGAAAUGAUUGAAAACCUGAAGCCUCUGUUGCCUUCCGAUGUUCAGAAUAAACUCCACGUGCUAAUUCCAUGCAGGAAGUUUGACCUCAGCUACGAUUUGAAUUGUCACAGCUUGUGCUCUGACUUUCAAGAGGACAUCACGUUCCAGUUCUCCCUGGGCUGGUCCUCCCUUGUCAAUAGGUUUCUGGGCCCUAAGAACACUCCCCGGGUGCUCCUAGGCAUUGCAGAGCCAACCUUUGCUAUCCCUAGGUCACUAGCUUCAACUCCUUGCUCCACCAGUGCUCCUGCCUUGACUCCAGAGAAUGCAUCUCAGGAUGAACUCAUGGUCUCUUUGGUAACAAAUUUGGCAUCACUGACGUCCCGGACCUCCAUGACAGUCAUCAUUGUUGGAGGAGUGGUGUGGAGAGCUGUCGGCUGGAAGGUCAUUUCCCUCUCCUUGAGUAUGUACGGGCUCCUGUAUCUCUACGAGAGGCUCACAUGGACAACGAAAGCCAAAGAGCGAGCCUUGAAGCAGCAGUUUGUCACCUACGCCACAGAGAAGCUGCAGAUGAUCGUCAGCUUCACCAGUGCCAACUGCAGCCAUCAGGUGCAACAGGAGAUGGCCACAACUUUUGCUCGCCUGUGCCAGCAAGUGGACAUCACCGAGAGGAACCUGGAAAAAGAAAUUGCAAGACUGUCCAAAGAAAUCGAUCAGCUAGAGAAAAUCCAGGGCAAAUCCAAGCAUCUCCGGAAAAAGGCUGUUUGCCUCGAAAAUGAAUUUGACUGUUUCACAAAGGAUUUUCUUCAGAAGAAAAAAUAGAGAAACCCCCGUGUCUUUUGCUCCUGUUGGGCAUCCCAAGUGGAAUUUACAGGACAACACAGUUUUCCACACCCUCAAGUCACAUGGAUUUUUCAGGUCAUUCUUGAUUCCACUUGCUCAGUCCUGCCUGGCUCCUUUGACACUUUCGUAAUGAACUCUGCCCGAGAGCUGUGGGAGCAAAGCAGUAUUACCACUGAAUGAAAUUGUUUUGCAACUUUUCGUAAGAGAAAGAAAUAAUUUAUAUUUACUGGUGAAUAUAAAAUUUAUUAUUUGGAGAUGUAAAAAAAAAAUGAAAUAAACGAGCUGAUCUAUA